AUGGAGCGGGGAACUGCAACGGCAUGUCAAAGUGCUCCGCGAAAAAUGCUUGCAAUGGCUUUGGUACGUUUCGGGCUGCAUAGCUCGAAGAAGUUGCAAAAGCAUCCAGCUCUGCCAAGCAGUUUCCGAUUUUGCAUUUGGUCCGACUUGGUCCGGUCGUGGGUAGCUCUGGCGCUGCAGCUGCCUGGCCGCUGGCACCGCCAGGCCAGGGCAAUCUGUGGCAUGGAGACCCCGAAGAAGGAGUCGGAAGCCCAUGGAGGCCAGGGGGACAGCGAAUCUUCGACUUGCUACAACUCCAGCCCGGGAGCAGCAACACAGGCAGAUGAGACUUUUGGAGUGGACUCCGCAGGUCCACAGCGCUCCGACGAGGCGGUCUUGCAAGAGGCGGCUGAUAUUUCAGGGCCCAAGGACUCUGCGACCAAGGUGAUUCUCAACUUGCGCUCGUUCAGAUCUUAUUCCGCUUGUUGCUUCGAUGUUCGGCGGAAGCUGUGCGGGGGUCUUUGCGCAAUCCAGAUGAGGAUAGCAGAGAAGAACGGCAAUGCGAGAAAUGCAGAGCAGGGCAUCUGCGAAGAUGGCGAGGCUGGUGUAUGCUUCCUUUCUUCUCCGGAACCGGAGAGGGCGGCGUUUGUGAACCGGCAGAGCGGCUGCGAGCAGAGCUUGCAAAUGUCAGAGCUUCAGCGUGUCCAGAAGGCGGCGGUGGAAGAGAGUGAUCUGCGGCUGCAGCAGGCGAUGCUGCAGUCGAAGGUUCAGGAAGUGGAGCAGCGGGAGGACGUUGGGUAUCCCCAGUGUUCGUAUGGAAGGAUGUUUGCUCGCUUUGCGGGCCUUUGCCAUACACUGGCUUGGCAUUUCGGCCACGGCGGAUCACAGCCAUCGGGCGAUGUAAUUUGGAGUCCGCGGCCUCACCUGUACGAGAGCGGAUCUCAAAAAUCAUUGUAUCCGAGUGGCGGUCCUGUCGCAAUUCUCAGUGGAGCCAGCUGCCAACUACAUGGGAGCAUUGUGGAGGGAGGCUUUACAACGCUGUUGGUGGAGUACUACUCGUCUGGGUGUCCGCACUGCUGGUACUUCGCCCCCGUCUUCCAGCAGGUCGCACAAGCGUACAAGGGCUCAGAUACCAUCCGCGUCGCUGCCUGCAACUGCGUUGAGAAUGAGGAUGCUUGUGAUGCAAUGCAAAUCUUUCGCUAUCCCACGCUGCGGGCCUACAAAGCUUCUUGGGCAGUUGGCACAGGAACACUGGACUUGCUGUAUGACGUGCCGCAUUUCACGGAGAACCACCAGAAAUCCGCACAGGAGUUGGUGCAGUGGCUCUCCGAACGAUCCGCCUUGUGGACUCCACCUCAUCCUCAAAGCCUGAAGUCAGGUGCUGUCUUCCGUGUGGGCCAUGCCGUGGCAGUCGAUGGGCCUCCUGGUAAGACAGGUUGGGCCAUGGACUAUCACCUCGACGACGAGCGCUUUGUGGAAGCUCGACUGGGGCUGUUGGUGCUGCUCAAGGGCUACUCCGGUGUACAGCAGCAUCCUGCAGCGGUUAGCAUCACUAGCUUCGUCUCCCGCGUCUUUCCACGCCACAAAGCUGACUUUCGCAGCCUGGCAGUGCAAAUACAGGAUCGUGGCCCUGUCCAGCCGUGGGAGAUGCGCCAGAUGCUGAAGAAGUGGAACAGCCUCUUCGGGCAGAGAGAGCACAUCUUCUGCGAAGAUGAGACAUGUGCUGUUUGGCAGCUACUGCAUGUAGUCGCUGCUUCAGUUGCAGCUGUGGCUGUGACUGGGCAGCCGCUGGCUCAGCAUGGCUCUUGGACAGUAACAGCGCCAGAGGCGAUGAGCUUCUUCCGCCUGGCCAUCAGUGAGUUCUUCACUUGCGAGGGCUGCAGGCAACACUUCCUGGAAGCGUUCGACAGAGUCUUGGCUUUGGCAGUGUUUUCGAGGCGCCGUGCCACGCAGAGCCAGAGUGGUUGUUGGAAGUUUGGUGGACCUGAAAGCCUCAAGGAUGCCGUUGUCGACCGCCGGUGGCCAGCAUAUCGAGACUGUCCAGGUUGUUGGAGAGCUGAAGUGGCAACUGGUGGCACGCAGACACACGCCCAGGUUGAUACGACUGGACCGGUGUCCAUUCAGUUGUUGGAUGCUGCAUUCGAUCUCGAUCGGGUCUUCGGGUACAUCCUGAGCCAGUAUGUUGGACGGGAGAACUUGCAGCUGGAGCAGAAAGUUGCGGACAGCAUCUGGAGGUUUCCGGGCUCUGUGGAAUCUACGACAGCUACAACUUUUUGCGCUUGCAUGCUUCUCUGUCUUUCAGCCGCGGCUGCUCUACGCAGUCGCAGAAGGCCAUGCGACAUGGCGCAGGAGUGA